GGCCUGGCAGAGCAGGCGGGCCGGGCCGCGCCGAGCGCCAUGGAGGGCGGUGGCGGGCGGCGGGUGCUGGUGGUGGGCGCGGGGCUGGCGGGGCUGGGGGCGGCGCAGCGGCUCCGCGGGCCCGGCUCCCUCCGCCUGCUGGAGGCCGCGCCCCGCGCCGGGGGCCGCGUCUGCACCCGCCCCUUCGCAUCGGGGCUGGCAGAGAUGGGGGCGCACUGGAUCCACGGCCCCUCGCCGGGGAACCCUGUCUUCCGCCUGGCCAUGGACUACGGCCUGUUGGGCCCCGAGGCCGCCCGAGAGGAGAACCAGCAGGCGGAGGCAGGGGGACACCCCCCGCUGCCCUCAGUCACCUAUGGCAGCUCGGGGAGGGUGCUGAGCUCCCGGGCCGUGAGGGAAGCCCGCGACCUCUUUGAGACCCUCCUGGCCUCCACCCGGGCUUUUCGGGGGGCCAAGGAGCUCCCGGCACCCAGUGUGGGACAGUACCUGCGGGAGGAGAUUGCUCGGAGGGUCCCCGUUUUGGGGGGCGGUGAGGAAGAAGCUCGGCAGCUCCAGCUGGCUGUCCUCGCUGCCUGCUUCAAGCUGGAGUGUUGCAUCAGCGGGACUCACAGCAUGGACCUGGUGGCCCUGGAGCCCUUCGGGGAGUAUGUCUCCCUGCCCGGCCUUGAUUGCACCUUCCCGGGCGGCUACAGCAGCCUGCCCGAUCGCGUGCUCUCGUCUCUGCCGGAGGGCACAGUGCUGCUCAACAAGGCGGUGAGGACCAUCCAGUGGAGAGGGUCCUUCCAUGAGGAAGGGGACCAGGCCAGGGAUUUCCCCGUCCGAGUGGAGUGCGAAGAUGGAGAUACCUUCCUCGCCGAUCACGUCAUUGUCACUGUCCCGCUGGGUUUCCUCAAGGAACGCCACCAGGACUUCUUCCAGCCUCCCCUGCCGCAGCAGAAAGCAGAGGCCAUUCGCCGCCUGGGUUUCGGCACCAACAACAAGAUCUUUUUGGAGUUUGAGCGGCCUUUUUGGGAACCCCAGCAGCAGCUCCUGGAAGUGGUGUGGGAGGACGAGUCACCCCUCAAGGAACCCAACACUGAUCUGGAGGCCAACUGGUUCAAGAAGCUCAUUGGUUUCGUGGUCCUCCAGCCACCUGAGCAGCAUGGGCACGUCCUCUGCGGCUUCAUCGCAGGGAAGGAGUCGGAGUACAUGGAGACGCUGAGCGACGCGGAGGUUCUCAACACCAUGACGCACGUCCUCCGCACGCUGACAGGUACCGCCGCCUCCUCCACCUUCACCACCCCAACAUCCCUGGGGAAACGUGCACCUGGAUUUCUGGAUCCCCCCCAAAAUCUGUACCUGCAGGGAACCCGCACCUGCCCGCUCCCAGGAGUGUGCUCAGGUCCCGGUGGCACAGCGCUCCCUACACCCGGGGCUCCUACAGCUACGUGGCCGUCGGCAGCUCCGGGGAUGACAUCGAUGUGCUCGCUCAGCCCCUGCCCGAGGACCCCAAGGACCCCAGGCCUCUGCAGCUCCUCUUCGCCGGCGAGGCCACCCACCGCACCUUCUACUCCACCACCCACGGGGCCCUGCUGGCGGGCUGGCGGGAGGCUGAGCGGCUCAACCGGCUCUCGGAAGCACCUGGCCCUGCUCCUCAGCUCUGAGGCGGCAAAAUAAAACCCGUUGCUGCC